CAAAUACAACGGAAAAAGGCUAUUGCAAUUUUUGGGUGACGGUAUUUUCUGGCUGUGCCUAUCGCAACUUCGCGGUCAUCAGAAAUCUCCCUUGUGCUUCCCAAUUCUCUGUUACCUUCAAGAUCUCCCUAGAAUCACCAGAACCUCCCCAUUUCGAUAUCUCCAUCCUACGUCUUGCUGUUGCUGUGAUCUCUUCUGCACUCCCCAGAAGAGAUCUAUCAUCGCAGAACCCAACCCUUCCGCCCCACCCCAACCUCUGUCCAAACCCUCGCCAUGAGUGUCGUUGGCAUUGAUUUCGGUGCUCAGAGCACAAAGAUUGGUGUUGCUCGUAACAAAGGCAUUGAUAUUAUCACAAAUGAAACUUCCAAUCGCCAGACACCAUCUCUUGUCGGAUUCGGUCCCAAAUCGAGAUACCUCGGAGAAGCCGCCAAAACCCAAGAGAUCUCCAAUCUCAAAAACACAAUCAGUUCCCUCAAGAGACUAGCUGGCCGAACCAUCAGCGACCCAGAGGUUGCCAUUGAACAAGAAUUCAUCACUGCACCUUUGGUCGACGUCAAUGGACAGGUUGGCGCCGAGGUCACAUAUCGAGGCGAGAAACAAAAGUUCUCCGCCGUCCAACUCAUCGCCAUGUAUUUGGGCAAGAUCCGGGACACCGCAAGCAAAGAGUUACGGCUACCAGUCGCCGAUGUGGUGAUUGGAGUCCCUCCAUGGUUUACUGAUGUGCAACGACGAGCCAUCGUCGACGCUUCCGAAGUGGCCAACUUGAAGACUCUCCGUCUUAUCAAUGACAACACUGCUAUCGCCCUGGGCUACGGUAUCACCAAGUCUGACCUGCCUGAAGGUGAUGCCAAACCUCGCCGAGUUGUCUUUGUCGAUAUCGGAUAUAGCGACUACACCGCCUCUGUCGUCGAAUUCAAGAAAGGUGAACUUGCUGUCAAGUCCACGGCCUUUGACCGACAUCUCGGUGGACGCAACUUUGACAAAGCCUUGGUUGACCACUUUGCCGCCGAAUUUAAGGAGAAAUUCAAGAUUGACAUCACUACAAAUGCCAAAGCAAGCACUCGAGUGGCUGCAGCGGCCGAGAAGCUCAAAAAGAUCUUGUCUGCCAAUGCACAAGCACCCCUGAGCAUUGAAUCUGUCAUGGACGACAAGGAUGUGCGAGCGAUGCUGAAGCGUGAGGAAUUCGAAGAACUCAUCAAGCCCUACAUCGACCGCAUCACAAUUCCACUCGAACAGGCUUUGGCUGAAGCCAAACUCAAGGUGGAGGACAUCGAUGCGAUUGAAAUGGUGGGUGGUUCCACUCGUAUCCCCAUCAUCAAAGAGCGGAUCAGCAAGUUCUUUGGCAAGGCCCUGUCAUACACUCUCAACCAGGACGAGGCGAUCGCUCGUGGCUGUGCCUUUUCGUGCGCGAUCCUGUCUCCCGUGUUCCGUGUACGAGACUUCUCCGUUCAUGAUAUUGUCACAUAUCCAAUUGAGUUUAUCUGGGAACAGUCACCGGAUAUUCCGGAUGAAGACACUAGCCUGACAGUAUUCAACAAAGGAAACGUCAUGCCAUCCACCAAGAUCUUGACCUUCUACCGGAAGCAGCCAUUCGACCUAGAGGCCCGCUACGCCAAGCCAGAUCAACUCCCUGGCAAGUUCAACCCGUGGAUCGGUCGAUUCUCAGUCAAGGGUGUUAAGGCUGAUGACAAGGACGACUUUAUGGUAUGCAAACUGAAAGCUCGUCUCAACCUCCACGGCAUCCUGAACGUCGAAUCUGGAUACUACGUCGAAGAUGUCGAAGUCGAAGAGCCCGAACCCGAGCCAAAGAAGGAAGGCGAUGCCAUGGACACCGACCAGGCCAACGGGUCAGCUGAAGCCAAGCCCAAGUUGCGCAAGGUCAAGAAGCAAGUCCGUAAAGGAGACCUACAGCUCGUGGCUGGCACAGCUUCUUUGGACGAGGGUGCCAAGAGCGGACUGAUCGAGUUGGAGCAACAGAUGUUCAUGGAAGAUAAGCUCGUGACAGACACCGAAGACAAGAAGAACGAACUCGAAGCUUACAUCUACGAACUCCGUGGCAAGAUUGACGAUUUGUACGCGGAAUUCGCCAGCGACGAAGAAAAGGACAAGAUCCGCGACAAGCUAGAAAAGACCGAGGACUGGCUCUAUGACGAGGGUGACGAUGCAACCAAAGCACAAUAUGUCGCCAAGUUUGACGAGAUUCGGUUCGUUGCCGGCCCGGUGGUUCAGCGGUAUCUCGACAAGAUUGAGGCCGAGCGCGCUGCUGUAAGAAAAGCGGAAGAAGAGCUGGCCGCAAAGAGAAAGGCAGAAGCGGAUGCAAAGAAGAAGGCUGAGGAAGAGGCCAAGAAAGCAGCGGAACCUCAAGACACAGAAAUGAAGGAUGCCGACAGCGCGGUUAAACCUGAUGGUGUAGAGGAGAAGUAAAGGCACAUAUGGGCACGUUGUUGAUGGGACGGUCUAUCUGUUUGAAGGCAUGGAGAGGAGUGACCAGCGACGGCGAAAACGACAAUGAAUGGGAGCAUUAGAUAGAACGGGUCUUGAUGACUAAGGUAUGCGUGCAAAUUGCAAGCAGCGAGAGUCUUUUCACGAUGGAUAUGUUGUGCAAUGCAUAGCGAAUGAAUUGAGAGUUCGGUGGGCCAAAGAAAUAUUGGUAGUCGAUCAAAUUCAGGUAGCUAGAAACGCGAAUGAUACAGUUCAGAACCUCGAGA